GCCGGCGGUGAGGAUGCGGUGACGCUGCCUACCGCCAACCGGUUCUCCCUUCAUCCUCCGUCCUCGGCCUCCCAACCCGCCCCUGUUGCCGUUUUCUCUCAGGUGAGUGUGCCUUCUCUCUGGCGCUGCACUCUGGUGGCCCUUGAUUAUCAUUGA